GCCGGGGCCAGCCUUGCUCCGGAGCCCUCGGUGCUUCAUUAGCCCUCGUUAGGGCGGUGUGCUCCCGGCAGGGGGGACGGGACAGGAAAGGAGGCCCCUUGGGAAGCAGCUCGUUGCUUCCUCGUGCUAGGUCGCGGCAGGAUCUGGGCCAGCGUUCCCAGCUCCCGGCGUCACACCCUCUCCCAGCUGUUGCUUGCGGAGCAUCGUGCUGCCAAGAAAACCCCGGCGAUGGAUGCUGCCGCGACUCCUUCCCCCUCCCCUCGCCCUUAAAACCGGCGAGGAGCGGCACCAGGGUCCACACGGGGAUGAGAGCCCGCUUGCUCCCGGUGAGCCUUCAGCGCUGGGGCUGGGCUGAGCGGCUCCUUUUCCUCACUGGGCACAGGGUGGCCCUGGCACCCCAACUUGGUCCUCUCUGUCACGGAGCAGCAGGAGAGCGUGGAACAGCACGAGCUCCGUCCCUAGACCUGCACAGAGAGAUCUGCCUUUGUGCCGCGGGACACUGAACCGCCACCUCUCCCCACGACCCAACAGGCAUCCAGCUGUGGAGCCGUGCCCACCGGCGAGAGAAGAUAAUGGCACUUUCCAAUUUGUCCAAUUACUUGGAUGAUGUCAGUAACUACAGUGACUACCCAGAUUACACCUACGAGGAGACAAGCAGUGUGUGGACAGACCCAUCCCAUGACCCAAAGGACAUUGCGAGGAUCCUAUCCGUCAUCAUCUACAGUGUGUCCUGUGUGUUGGGCAUCCUGGGGAAUGGCCUCGUCAUCGCAAUCAUAACUCUAAAGAUGAAGAGGUCAGUCAAUGCCAUCUGGUUCCUCAACCUAGCUGUCGCUGACUUUCUCUUCAACAUCUUCUUGCCCAUAAACAUUGCUUACACGGCCAUGCGGUACAACUGGAUCUUUGGGACUGUGAUGUGCAAGUUGAACUCCUUCCUCCUCAUCCUCAACAUGUACACCAGCGUCCUGCUGCUCACCACCAUCAGCUUUGAUCGCUAUGUGUCGGUGGUUUUUCCCGUCUGGUCUCAAAACCAUCGAUCAACCAACCUAGCAUAUUUAGUUUGUUUGAUUAUCUGGACUAUUGGCAUCAUUAUGAGCUGCCCGUCACUUGUCUUCCGAGACACGGCACAAGCCCGCAACUCUGUGAUUUGUUUUAGCAACUUCUCCCUCUCCAGGAAUAAGUCUUACCAAGCCCUAGGUCUAAUGAGGCACCGAACAGUGAACAUCACCAGGUUCCUCGCCGGGUACAUCCUUCCCAUAACCAUCAUCACCUUCUGCUACAUUGCCAUCGUCUUCAACCUGCGGCGAAACCGCCUUGCCAAGUCCAAAAAGCCCUUCAAGAUCAUCAUCACCAUUAUAGUCACUUUCUUCCUUUGCUGGAGUCCGUACCACCUGCUGAAUCUCCUGGAAACAGAGCCUGACAUGAUCCCACGCUCCGUGUUUGAGAUCAGCAUCCCAUUAACCACGGCACUCGCUGCCUCCAACAGCUGCAUGAAUCCCGUCCUCUACGUCUUCAUGGGCCAGGACUUUAAGAAGUUUAAGGUCACCAUCCUCUCCAGGCUGGUCAAUGCCCUCAGCGAGGAGACGGGCCAUUCCAGCAUUGUUCAUAGGAGCUUCUCCAAGAUGUCUUCAAUGACUGAGAAAGAGACGACAGUUCUCUAAACUCAACGUGGGUGUCUGCAAGAGGACCAUAGUCCUCCAGUGUUGUCCAUGCCUACAACUGUGAUGGUGACCACCCUUGCAGUGGCCCCUGGUGUGAGAUGAGCACGGUCCAGCGCUGUGCUAUAGCAUAUUCUUUGACUGGUCUCGCUGCCUGCAGGCUGGCAGGCAUUGGAGACCACUGCUCUCUGCACUUGGAGAAGACACAACUGCCCUUAGUCUCUCUUUGCAACCGCAAAGAUGAUAGCACCGAACAAUUUAAGAAAAUAUUUCAGGGCAUUCCUGUCUAAUCUAUGCAUUUCUUGGCCUGGCAAGGGCAUUCCCAUGGUUUCCAGAGACAUGAUCAUGGUCAGAUGGGGUGGAGGAUGUGUCUGGGAAGGCACCUCUGCUACCAUGCUCAAGAAGGGUGGCUGGGUGGACACCCAUCGUGGAUGCUACCUGCUGUGGCAAAACCGGUGACACUCUUCCUAUGUCCUAUGUAUGCAUAUAGCUACUCAUGUUAAAGUCCUAAAGAAUAUUGGUAUUAGUGCAAUAUUUUUUUCACUGUGUUUUGAGAACUUUGUGCCCAGUGAGACCCUGGGAAGUGUCUUCAUAAGAGGGGUUUGAGUAUCCCAACCUUGAUGAACCAGGAAGUCUCACGUGUCUUCUAAGAGAUCCAGAUCCAGGGCCACCUGCAGGGGUGGGGGUUUGGGCUCAUGCACAGGGUCACCAACAUGGAGAACUGGGAGAAAAAAGAGGGAGAGAUUAAUUUGAAGUGCCUUUUGAACAAGCCCCACUUUGAUGGGUACAUUUCACAUGGUACCUUUUGCAGAGCAGUUUGAUGCUCGGGGCCGUGAGUCCCAGCAGCUCAUUGCAGAGUGCCCAGUGGCACCAGGGAGAAGGUCCAUGGUCCAGGGGGAGAACCUACUGUUCCCUCCGGGACCCAGAUGGGCCUUGGGGCUGGCUCCAUUGAUAGCAGCUCCCUGCUGUGAUCGUUCAGUCCUAUGGGAAGAUUUUGUCUCUUCCCAGUCAGGCAGCAAGUAACCUGCCCAUUGCUGGUGAGAGACUCUACCUCCGCACACAAAUCUCUGCAGUGAAGGAUGGGCCAAACCACAGCCCCUGUGCAAUUUCAUGCACAGUUAAUUUGGGAGAUCCUUUACCAUUUGGGCUUGUUGACUGUGACAAGUGAGCGGACACUGGUGUCACACUUGUUUAGGUGUUGGUUUCCCUGUGUCACCCACAGCGUCUCAUUCCCAGGAAAGCAAGGAAUGACUGAGCCUUCCACCUGUACCAUGUGCCAGAGCAAAGCCGAUCCCUGGAGCUAGGUUCAGGCAGUCCCUGAUGGCACCAGCGACACUUUGGGGGGGUCCCACCCCUUGCAAAGCCUGGGGGAGUUUUCAUGCAAAUCCCUGGUGCCUUUCAUAGGCAAUUCACUGGCAAUUGAGAGUCUUCUCACAGGUGCCCACAAAAGCCAAGAUAUUUAUUUACAGCUUUUAUGUAAAAAACAAGAAAAGGAAAAAAGAAUCAAGAUGCAGCUCCCAGGAAAAGACACAGAGCUAUUUACAGGCUCCUGUCAGCAGCAGAUCAUGCCAGACACAGAGAGAAACCGAAUCACAAGGGCCCAGUAAUUGAGCUGCCGUGCCGAGCUGUGGGAACUCUGCAGAUAAUAGACAGUGCAGCGGGAGCUGGAUUUCAGACAGAUUAUCAGGCAUCCCCUCCGCCCCCAGUACAGCCUAGCUGAUCUACCCUGAUCUGCAUAACCUCGUUAGCAUCAGCAUGACUGGGAGAGAGGGGAGCGCCUGCACCCCAUGCAGCUCACGGCCGCGCCUCUCCCAUUACGUGGGAGCAGAGGUACGAGGCAGUGCCUGCAGCACCCCUGCCCAGCGCCCCUGCCUCUGGCACCGCCUGCAUCACCCCGGGAGAGGGAUGCUGACGGAUCUGGUGUGUUUGGCUGCAGUUUUGGUGCUGCUGGCUGGUGUGUGCUGGGGCCUGUUUGUCCCCCACACAGGGGCAGGGAGGUGCCCGUCCUCCCCAGCGUUGCAGGGGAUGCUAUGGAUACAGCCUGCUAAAAGUGGGGUGCGGAGAGGUGGGGGAUUUAUCCUGAAAAUUAAGGGUGUCCAGCCUGAGGCCACAAGGGGAACGCAGUGGGGGGAUGGAGAUUAUAAGGGAAAUUAAUGGCAGCUUGGUGACUGCCACCUGUUGGGUGCUGCUCUCAAUAACACGGGGUGGCUGCAGGGCACCCAGCACUCAGCUGCAGGCGUCUCCGCAUCUCCUGGGGGCUGGGAACCGGCAGGCUGAUCAGCACCGGGUGCUUCCCCGGGGAGCAACAUCCCGUCCCUGGCCAAGCUGCCUGUGGGGACCAUCCACACUGUUUUUUUCCCCAGAACCUGUGCACAGGGCCAUCGCCUUGGAAGAUGCUGUGACAGAGGAGGCUUCAGGGGAGGAAGGCUUUGGCAGUGGGAGGAGGCUCCCCUCACUUAUGUUACACAGUAUUUAAUUACCUGCUGAAAGGUCACAGGGCUCCUAUUAGCAGUUGCACAGGACAGAUGGGACACACAAACAGGGCAGAUGGACAGACAGCUGCUCAGGGAGGCGAGGGGGACACGCAGAACUAGUAGAAGCAGAGCAGGAGCCCACAACCUGUUUAGGGGAUGGCGGAAUGUUAUGCCCCCCGGAGCCAGCAGCCACUGAUGCUUUUUGGGCUUGGGGCGGCUGAAGAGCUGGGGCAGGAACAGCCAGUGUGUCUGGGCGCCCCUUUCCCUGCCAUGAGAUGGGUUUGGGGGCAGCGUGGGAUGGUGGGGGAACUGGGCAGCCUGUGUCCCUCGAGGUGCCAUGAUGCUCCCAGGCCGUGCUGGAGCGGGGAUGCUCCUCACUAAUUUUUGUGGCUGGAUUUUUGAAAGCCCAUCUAUUAUUACUGCAAACAGCUUUCCUAAAAAAAGUGAUGACUUGGUACAGAACCUUGGGUUAAAUCAUCAUUAUAAUGACAUCUUGGGAAACCUAAUAUUUGAGGUCGUCUUUGUAGCUGUUUGCCUAUUUAAUAAAAAAGCUGGUUUACAUACAAAUACCCCUGGUACAUGCUCAAGCUCGUUGUGUGGACUGGGAAGAAUCCCAGGGCUUUUCAGUAAGCUGUCCCUUCCUAGUGUGUAUUCCUGAUCCCCAGCAUUGAAUUUGGGAUUGCAGGAAAGCAGCCAGGAGCAGAGGGGCAUGGGGAUGCCAGGCUGGGGCUUUAUGGCCAGGAGCCAGUACCUGAGAUGGGAGCGUGGUGCUCCGAGCCUCUCAUAUGGGAGAUCUUCCAUAGUUGUCUGUGGGUUUCCCCCUUUAAUUUGUCCCUGAAGAGGCCAAAUGGCUCUUGGGGGGGUGGUGUAGUAUCUGUGUAAAAAAAGGCAGCUGAAAAAGCACAAUUUCCCCUGUGCCCGCAUGCAGCACCGAGUCCGGCCGUAGGGGCCAGUGUCCACUGCCUGCCGCCUGCUUUGUUAAUCUGUGCACUGAGCCACCACCAGCCUCUCCCCCCAGGUUCAUGUCAGCCCGGCGUGUUCUCUGUCAGAUAAGAUCUGGAAAAUGCUCUGUUAUAGUGAUUUAAAAGAGGAAUUAUUAAUGCCAGCACUGAGAUGGGUCUCUGCCUGGGAGCUGUCUGCAUCUUGCCCGGCAGAGUCUGGUUCCCCCAUCGUCUCCUGCACCCCACAAGCCCCCUGCAGACCCACCCUGUCCCUGGGGCUGUCUGGGGGAAUGGGGCAGCAGGGACGGGGUCAGCUCCUGCACCCCAGAGGGCUUCUGGUGCUCUGCCCCCUCCACCCUGACAUCCAGACACCCUGGGACAAGCACAUUGCUGCUCUGUCCCCUGCCGCUGCUGGUUCCCCCCAUCCCGCCAGGGUUUGGGAUGAGGACAGGGAAGAGAAGGGAAAGAUUCCCUGAGUUUAGCCUGCUGGACCCUGCGAGACUCCCUGGGGAAUAUCGGUGAUUUCUGUUCCCAUGUCGCCCAUCAAGGCAAGCAGUAAACAGAUCAAACAAAGAGCAUUAAAAAUGCAUAUAUACAAAACAGAAACAGGGCAGAAAUAGUCAUCAUAAAACUUCAGCAGCAGAACUGCUCAAUACGCACAAGCCUCUUAUACAGAUUUUUCUUUCUCUUUUGGCAACAUGGCAAAGAAAUGCAGCUCAAUAUUGCCCCAAUUCCUCUGUUAUUACCUAAAUAGUACAGGCAUGCCCCAGCAUCUCAUAGAACGGGUGAAGAUGCAUCCUUUCAGCUCUCCCUUUUUUUGCAGUGCCAGAGAUUUUAUUCAUCCAGAGGAGGGAAGCUCGCCCUGCCGUGUCGGCUGCAGUCCCCUACAGUGAUGGGAAGGCUCAAUAUAUUAAAUUGUGGGUCCUUGGAGGCGUCCUGCUGACCCUGAUCCACCCUGUUCCUGCAGGGACUGAUAGACUUGCCUCUCAGCUGGGAGAUGUCCUUAGCUAUGAAUUAGUGCUGUCCUCCUGAUUAAUGCUGGCAGGAAGCUAAUGACACUGCGGCCAACUAGAGGGUGACGUGCAAAAACUGUAAUUAGAGUCCAGGGAAGGGGCUCAGUGGGAGCCACAGCUCUGGGGCUGGGUGGCACAGCCAGCCCUGCGCUGUGCCGGUGCGGUGGCAGCUGCCUAGCUGGGGUCUGCAGCCCCUUUUGGGGCAGGAGUCAGUGAAACCAGUAACUGCAGGGUGCACCUGGGUUUAGCAUGUAAGAGUCAAGGGGUGAACGGGGUCCAGAGCCACCAUCAUCUCCAUGAGACCUGCAAUUAAGUCUGUUGUAGGGAUCAUGAUUUUAGGGUAGAUCAGGGCUGACCAGGAGAGAAGAGCAGCAGGUUUUGGAGGUGGGACACUGACCCCCAGCCCAAGAACCCCAUGCCCAGCCCUGGGACCCUGAUCCCCAGCCCAGGACCUGCAUCCCCAUCACUAGGACCCUGACCCCCAUCCCUAGAACCCCAACCCCAGUUCAGGACCCCCAUGUCAAGCCCUCAGACCCUGACCUCAGCCCAGUACCCCCACCCUCAGGGCUCCAAUUCACAACCCCGGGACCCCAUUCCCCAGACGCAGCCAUCCCACCUCUCCCUACCCCAUGAGCCCAUUGGGGUCCCUCGUGCCCCAUGCGCUGCAGGGCUCAAGACCCCAGCCCCUGGUGACAGUGCUGCGGCACACCAGCAGCCCAUGGCAGGACCGGCCCUCGCCCGGUGCAUCCUCCCAGCGUGCCAAACCUGCCCCACCGUUGCCUCCCCAUAAUCACCUGCUGGGUCUCAUUUCACAUGAGCGGUUGGGAAAUUACUCCAGAAUAUAUACUGAAAUCAUUUCUGUGGAACACAUUACCGUCCCUAAUGACUGUUCUUUUUCAAUUAGCUGUCACGGUCCUGAAAGAAAGCUGUGCUUUCCUUCUCCGAUAAAUCACUCCCUUUAUUUGGAAUUGGAAUUAAGAAAAAAAAAAAAAGAAUAAACAUAUUACCCUUUCCCUUUCCUCAAUGCCAGGCGGGUUGAAGCCAUGUUUAAAUUA